GUUCAUAUGUCGACUUUGAACGUUGCUCUCUGCGCCUGUGUAAUUUUCGUCAGAAUUCUGGUGGACAUAGAAAAUAUAAAUGAAUUUGGAGUGUAAUCAGAGUUUUUUGGAACACAGCGCGGUUCGAAUGUAAUAUGGUAAUAGUAAAGUGCAUCGAAAUUCCAAAUAAUUGAAUAACGAAACUAAUGUGAAUUGAUUGCUCCGUUUUAAUGUUUUUGUCUUUUCGGUACGUUGGCGACACGUCGUGAGUGUUAUUAUUUCUAUCAAUUAUUAAUUUCUAUCAAAAUUUUAAGUUAAAAUAAAGCUCAAAGUUUCUUCAUUUCCGUAUACCUACCAAGUUAAAACAUAAUACUGCUCAUAACAACUCGCAUACAGAUAUCAUCGUUAAAGUUUAAUUUCCGGCAACGAGUUUGAAAGGGAAGACAAACGCGACACAUUUAAUUCAAUCAAUGUUCAAAUUGCAAAACCCAGCCAACUAAAUAUAAAACCGGAAAACUAUAUUUGCUACGCAAACAUUGUAAUUGCUUGUGACGGUGAAAUUCUCGACGAAAAAAAGAAAAACACAUUUAAAACAGAUCGCACAGUAAAUAUAAAUAUAUAUACAUAUAUAUUCCUAUCAAAAAUUUAAUCAUCAUGACGCACUGGGAGGAUUUUUAUAAUACACAUUUACCGCCAACCGAUUUCGAGGAUAAUCGUUCAUUAUUGAAAGAAUUUUGUGAACGUCACAAUAAAUUGCAAAACCGUAUCGUCCUUGUAACGUCAGGUGGGACCACAGUACCUCUGGAGCACAAUACCGUACGCUUUGUAGAUAAUUUUAGUGCGGGAACACGUGGCUCAGCAUCUGCUGAAUAUUUCCUCGAUCAUGACUAUGCCGUUAUAUUUAUGUAUCGCGUCAAGUCGCUAGAACCGUUUACACGACACCUUACCGGCCAACAAUUUUUUGAUAUGCUCGACAUUACCGACAAUGGGCAAAGUACAUCGAUUACGGUUAAACCGGAUUCCGUUGAUGUAUUCGCACCGAUAUUAGCCAAAUAUAAACAAGCCCGCGAAUCCCAAAUGAUUUUGUAUGUUAACUUUAACACGGUGGCGGAUUAUUUGUGGCUACUACGUGCCGCAUGUGAAUGUCUAGCGGCGUUCGAAGAGAGAGCGUUGUUAUAUUUAGCAGCGGCAGUAUCAGAUUUCUACGUUCCUCAGGAUAUGAUGCCUACUCACAAAAUACAGUCCGGUCAAGGUGCACCGACAAUCUCGCUGCAGUUGGUGCCAAAAAUGCUUGCGCCAUUGGCAAGCCUCUGGGUGCCACAUGCAUUUGUUGUCUCAUUCAAGCUGGAAACAGACGAGAAUUUAUUGAUUACUAAGGCGCGCGAUAGUCUCUUCAAGUACAAUCAUAAGAUGGUUAUUGCGAAUAUUCUACAAACACGUAAACAUCGCGUCGUUUUCGUUUCGCCAACCAUGUCGUACGAAGUGCAUCUGAGCAGAGAGCAAGCGCUGCAAGGACUCGAAAUUGAGGAGCCGAUUGUUGCCGAUCUCGUGAAAAGGCACAGUGAAUACAUAAACGGAGCAUCAACGAAUCGACAAUGACCACAGUCGGUGCGGCAAAGACGUCACAUGCAGGUCGACUGUCGCGUGACAACACCACAUUUUUGUCGUCUAUUGAAUCCAGGACCAGGCGUCGGCCGUAAAUAUUAAUUUAAGGUAAAUGUGUGUGUACAACAUCGCUAUAAGUGAUUGUCAAUAUACAUACAUAUAUAAAUAUAUGUGUAUGUAAGUGGGGGAAAGUUAUUAGAAAAGCAACAGAGGCAAUAGCAUCGAUUGAAGGUUAUAUCACAAUUAGUUUAUAAAAAUAACAUAAGAAAUAUUAAAGUACAUAUAUAGUUUUUAUACAAUAAGAAUGCAACAGAGAAAUAAUAUACGAUUAAUAGUAACUUUCAUAUUUUUUACAUAUAUCUGUAGUAUACAUACAUAAUAUACAACCCAUAUCUGACGCCCUAAAAUACCUCCUAUAACCAUACAUAACUUGGUAUGUACUGAAACAUUAGUAAUUUUGGUUGGCUAAAAGUUUUCAGUGUUUCAAUUUAUGAGCAUUAAAUUUCGACAUAGAAAAGAGAGCGAGUAUAUCUGCUGAUCUUUGUUUUCUGUUAUGGAUAUUAAAUGAAAUUCUCGCUCAGAAGUAGUUCCCGAAUGAUUUCUAUCUUCUUGUUGCUCAAACUACUAAUUAUGAAGAAAACCAAAUAUAGGUUUCUCUCUGGCUUCUCUUGGUUCCGCUUAGUCUUCGACUAGGCCAUUCUGAUUCCCAUCUAUUUUUUCUUAACUUUCUUUCGACAACCCGGUUAAAUUUACAUUGUCACAAACCAAAAAAAAAAAAAUGAAAGCGAUCAUACAUAUUGACACUUAGUAUACACGUAGAAAAAGAAGAUCAAAACUGUAACAAAUCAGUGUAAUUUUAUUUAUUAAAAAAAGUGUUGAAAUAAGACUAUAUUAUAGCAAACGGAUUUAUAUCUAGGGCGACUAUCGAUUCACCUUUUGUAUGUAUGUAAAAGGCUUUUUGCUAUUAUUACGAUUAUUAUUUUGAUCACUACAUUGCAUUUUCGUAAAUUACAGUCUGGCAUUAUUCAAUUUCAAAAAUUUUACAAAAUGCUAUUAUUAGUAUAAUCUCCCUGAACAUUAAUGCACUUGCUCCAACGAUCGUCCAAUCUGUGGAUCCCAUCCCUGAAGUGAGAAUCCAGAAGGUCUGCAAAAUACGCUUCAACAGCCGUUAUGACCUCUUCGUUUUGUUCUAGAAACAAAUGAAAGUCGCUGGGUCCAACAAUUCGAACUUUAAUUCAUGGAUUUUAGUCAUUGCCAAAAUGCUCUUGUGACACGGUGCAUUGUCCUGAUGAAAAAGGAUUUUUUUCUUCGGCGAAUCGGGUCUUUUUUCGCAAUAAUAUUCAGAAUGUAUUGUUUGCAAGUAAUCUUCAAACAAAAUUCGUCUCGCAUCCCAAAAAACUGAUGUCAUAACCUUUUUGGCCGAUUUCCGGACACGAACUUGUUUCGAAGCCGAACAUGGCCACUCUUUAGCCUCUUGUUUUGAUUCAAGAUCAUGGUGAUAGACCCAAGUCUCAUUCAUAGUGAUGAAUCGACGUACAAAAUCCACGUUAUCAUUUUUAAAUCGCUCCAAAUGUUGCUGAGAAGGUCGCAUUCGAAUGUGUAUUUGUGCCAUUGGUAGCGAAUGCGGCAACCAUUGUGUACACAGCUUUCCAAAACCCAAAAUUUCACUUAAACUAUGGCUCACACUGCCUAAUGUGUAGGGCCUCUAUUAAAUCUCUCUCAGUCAAUCGACAAUCUUUCAAAACCAUGUCCUGUAUUUGGACUAUAAUUUCUGGUGUUGAUGCGCUUUUUGGACGUCCUUCACGUGGAUUGUCUUCAAGGCUUGUACGUCCACGUUUAAAUUCAGCAACCCAUCUUUCUACUGUUCUAAUUGUAGGUGAACAAUCAUUAUACACUUUUAACAUUCGUUCGUGAAUUUCUUUUGGUGCUACACCUUCCAAAAAUAAGAAUUUUAUCACUGCACGAUAUUCAAUUUUUUCCAUUGUAAAAAAUACUGUGACACGGCGACACUAAAUGGCUUGUAAACAAAGAAUGAAUUGACAGAUUGAAAUGAAACUUCACAUACGUUCAUAUGAAGAGUGUACCAAGAAAACAAAACAAUAUUUUGGGCUAAUAGCGACGGUUUUUUAUUCAACAUAGUUUCCUUUAAGGGUGAUUAUAGCGAUUCUCUAACUUUUUGAUACCAUUUGUGUAAUAUGAUUUGUCCUUUGCUUCAAAAUAGGCCUUAGUUUCGGUGAUCAUCUCUUCAUUCGACAAAAGUUUCUUCCCAGCGAGCAUCCUUUUGAGAUCUGAGAUUAGGAAAUUCGAAAUCAAAUUCAUGGAUUUUUGCCAUCGUUUUCACUAACUUGUGACACGGUGCAUUGUCUUCGUGCAGCAGCACUUUUUUUCCAAACGAGGUAGGUUUUGGGCAAUUUCGUCUUUCAAAUGGUCCAAUAAAGCUAUGUACAAGGUUUUCCAAUAAGUGUGUUAUGCUUUCCUUAAAAAAUGAACAUAUUAAUUGUCAAUGAAAUUCAAAAGUCUUUUAUUUAAUGUGAACCACAAUCGAUACAAUCGUUCGACCAAAAACCACACCAAACUGUUAAUUUAGGUGAAUGUAUUGAUUGUUCAUUAAUAAUUGGUGGAUUUUCUUCGCACCAGAAUCGACAGUUUUGUUUAUUUACCACACCACUCAGACGCAAAUAGUCGCUGUUGAUGGUCCUUCCUUCUCAAAGUUGUCAAUAAAAAUUAUUUCUUGCGCAUUUCCAACUGUUUCGUUUUUCCAUGCUGUGGAGCAGGUUCAUCGUGUGCAGUUAACUCGAAUGACUGUUGAUUACACUUCGGAGUGAAAUGAUGUAACCAUGUUUCAUCCACUGUCACAUAUCGUUGUAAAAAGUCGAGUUUAUUACUCUUGAACAUCUCCAAACACUGCUCCGAAUCAUCAACUCGUCGUUGUUUUUGCUCGAAAGUGAGCUUGCGCGUCACCCACUUUGCACACAGCAUUCUCAUACUCAAAUAUUCGUGAAUGAUAAGUUGAUAUCUUUUGAAUGCCAGCCAUCUCGAAUAACUUCACUUUACGGUUAUUCAUAUUAUAUUUUGUGGACUUUUUGAUGUUUUCCUCGGUAGCAAUUUCUUUUGGGAGUCCACUGCGUCUUCGGUGCUUAUUUCACCACGUCUAAACUUAGCUUACAAAUCCUUGAUGGUUGAUUUUCCUGGGACAGUGUCCGAAAAACUCGUGUUUAUGCUUCAACUGUAUUUUUCGCUUCAAAAAGCAAUGUUUUAUUAAUACGUAAAACUCCGUUUUAUCCUUUAAAUAAUAAAGAUUAGUACAUCAAAUACAAGAUGUGCCAAACGUAUAGCGUCAAAAAAAGUUUCUUUUUGUUGAGUUAAUUUUUACAUAAAGUAAAAAUGAGUCAAAAGAUUUAUUUUUGAAAGUACCGAGAUAUACCAUCUUUAUUAAUUGUCUUAAGACAAGUUCAUGGAUCUUAUUGCUUUUAUAUUAUACUAACUAGUGUGUUUACUUAUUAUUAGUUGAUGGCUUGUUUACAUAUAAUAUAUUGUUUGUUGAGAUACAUUUCCUUUGUUCUAAGAUAAGGUUGUUUUGAUAUUUUUUGUUUACGCAAACUCAAAGUUGUUUUGAUGUUUGUUUGUUUAUGAUAUUUUGAUAAAAUAAUAUAAUAAAAAAUACCUUCCUUAACUCGUGUACAAUGACGAGACUCAUAAGAAGUAUUCACCUCAUUAGAUGGUUCGAUACUUUUUGGUGGCGCCGUGGUGGAAAUCUUUAAGGCAGAGUUGCCUCAGAUUCUUAGCUCUUUAUAUUUUUCCACUUACACACGGAAUCCACUUCUUGCAAUGAAAUAAUAGAUUUAUUAUUUAUUUAUUUGAUUUUAUAAAGAACUCAAUGAAAAAAUGGAAUGUCUCAUUUGGUAGCGUCUGGUGGCGUCAGAAGUUGCUAGAAAUAUUGGGUAGUCGAAAAAGUCUUUUCGUAUUUUUUUAAUAGAUGCCGUUGCAAUUGUAUAUCUCCAGUGCUACCAAUCACAUUGUUUCAUACCUAAUAGUGUAGGAAACGUGAGAUUUUAAGCUUCAUUUAACCAAAAAAUAAUUUCGGGAAAGUAGAAAAAAAGUUACAGCUGCUCGAAAAUGAGUGAAAAUAAUGAAGAAAUUCGCUCUACUAUU